UUCCGGAAAACAUGAAACAUAUGGCUAUGUCUACUAUCGUCCUUGUGUUUCAGCUGCUCGGUGAAUUUCUUGCAGAAGCUUAACUUGCUUGUAAUUUCCGGGGUUUGAGGAAAACUAUGACGAUUUCUGAUCACGUAUGGGAUGGAAAAGAAUAGAACGGUAAAGAUAAGAUAAGAAAAGGGGAGCUCUUUCUGCAGGCACAAUCCAUGUUGCCCCGAGCGCAAGGGUUUUCGCUGUGAAGAUAUGGAUUGAAACAAUGGGCGAUGAUGUGGCAGGUAGUGGGCGGAGGGGAACAGGGCCUAGAAGCAGGAGGAGCUUAACUCGGCCGCAAGUUUCAGCUAACCCUAACGAGGAUACUAACCCUAAUGGCCUGCAGGAGGACCUUAUUCGAGAGUUUCAUGAGGCUGGCAUAUAUACUUAUGCUGAGGGCCUAGGAAUUAUCCACAACGGAACAAUUGCCUCACCUUCAAGGUUGAAUACCACUGAAAAUGAUAUUGAUAUGGUGAAAGGAGGAGAGCAUCUUUCAACCACUUCAAACGGAAUGGUUGGGGGGCAUUCAGGAAAUUUGGGAAAUCUGCCAGGGCAAUCAGUUUCCGUGGAUAGUGGGAGCAAUUGCUCUCCAUCAAGAGGUAGUGAUGUAGCAAUGGCCACACCUGGACCAAGUAAUGCUCUUGUAAGACAACGCCACUUGGAUGUACAAGGAGAGGAUUUUGAGUCACCUGACACUGUAGGUACAAGGAAGAAAAAAAGAGGCCCACGAGCUAUUGGAGGAGAAAAAGGUGGGAGGGGACUCCGUCAAUUUAGCAUGAAAGUGUGUGAGAAGGUUGAAAGCAAGGGCAGGACCACGUAUAAUGAGGUUGCAGAUGAAUUAGUAGCAGAGUUUGCAAACCCUAAUAGUGCACUUGUUUCUCCUGAUCAGCAACAAUAUGAUGAGAAAAACAUAAGGCGGAGGGUGUAUGAUGCACUCAAUGUGCUCAUGGCAAUGGACAUAAUAUCAAAGGACAAGAAGGAAAUUCAGUGGAAAGGGCUACCUAGCACAAGCCCUAAUGACCUUGAGCAGUUGAAGGCAGACCGCUUGGAUGUGAGAAGCAGGAUUGACAAAAAAAUGGCCUAUUUGCAAGAACUUGAAGAGCAGAUAAUAGGUCUUCAAAAUCUGGUGCAACGGAAUGAACAUUUGCAUGUUUCAGGAAAUACUUCGUCUGGGGAAAUGUAUUUACCAUUUAUCUUAGUUCAGACCCGUCCACAUGCAACAGUUGAAGUGGAAAUCUCAGAAGAUAUGCAACUAGUUCACUUUGACUUCAAUAGUACACCUUUUGAGGUUCACGAUGAUGCAUAUGUGCUCAAAGCAAUGGGAUUUUCUCAGAAGCCAUCAAAUGAUGGUGUGGAUUUUGUCAGUCAUGAUGGUUAUCCAAAUGUAACUGCUUUUGGUGAAAAUACCUUGCCUAUAUGUAACACGAACCGACAAUCAUUGCCCUCUCAUUCUUUGAGGGCAGCAGGUGGUUCUUAUUCCAUGUCUUGUUCUGGUGGAAAAAACUGUACUUCUCCACCUGUUCCAGGAAUAUUAAAAGCACGUGUCAAGCAUGAACCGUGAUUCUUUUAAUUAUGGUCCAUGAUCUUCUAUCCACACCACUUUGUAUUAGUAAGUGCUCUUUUCCGGAGGGUAUACAUGGGCUGAUGUUUUUUUGUAGUCUGUAUCAAUUGAUUUUUUUAUUGUCUCUUAUAUUUCUAGGUUUAUAAGCAACUUACAAUGCCAGUAUCCCCCCCUGGGAAGAGUUGUGUGGAUAAAACGAAAUGUAUAUUAAUGUUAUAUAUAAUGAAGACUUAGUCUUCGAGUUCAGAA